AUGAAUAGUAACACUACCACUAAUAAUAGAAAUCCUCCGACUGAACCACGUAAAGCUCCAAUUGCACAAGCUGAAUGCAGUGAUACGGAUUUUGAUACGGCUCGUUCGAUAUGUCGUGCGAUUUCGGUUGAAAAGAAUAAAUCGAAUAAUGCAAGUGACGGUCAUAGCUUUUAUAGAGGUACAUCCUUUAUGUUUUGCUCUUUUGCAAAAUUAUAUUCUGGAAUCAGAUUUUCGAAUUACAUUGGGAGAAACGGGUAG